GGAGAGUCAAACUGGAUUCCAUAGGGAAAGCCUGCAAAUCACUUCUAUUUUAGCAAGGAGAAAACAGAAUCUCCGUUCAACAGGGUCCACCUCUCUCUCUCUCCCCCUCUCCUCUCCUUUCCUCUCUGUCUUUCCCUACCCCCCCUCCCCCUUUCCCCACCCCACUCUCCCUCUCUGGUUUAUCUGUCUAGGGCAACCAGCGUCCUCCUCAUCUAUACGCACCAAAGAAACAUCUUUGGUUGGGAGAGAAGGAGGAAAAAAACAAAAAAAGGGAGAGAGAGGAAAAACUUGCCUGGUAGUGGAAAAUGACGAAGUAGCAAAGCCGGCAGCGCGAGUUGAGUCUAUUGUUUCUUAAAUUGCCAUCAGGGUUUUUUUUUUUUUUCUUCCUGCUUCUUCAAGCGAACGGUACCUCUACAAAAGGAAACUCCAGUCCCUCCUGUCUUCCACCGGCCUGUGAUCAUUACAAAAAGAAAAAGAAAAAAAAAAAGCACCCAAACCAAAAGUUAACCAACCAAACAAUCCCCAACAGCCAAGCAUACAUCUCUGUUUUUUAAGUUUCGAUCUUUUUGUUGGAUUUUCCCUUCCUUUUUUCUCUCCUUUUUUUUUUCCCCUUCGGGUUAUCGCUCAGUUUUGAGCGAAGGUUUACAUUUUUAAAAAAUUUGCUUUCCAGCCCCCCUUGAUGUUCUAGCGCGAGUUCAACGACUCAAAAAAAAAAUCUCUGGCUGGCGUUUCUUUCCUUUUUUUUUUUUUUUUUUUUCAAAUUUUCAAGGGGGAGGAGAUUUUCCACAAGAAAAGGUUGUUUUCAUGUUUGGGAUUCAGCAAAGCAUCGAAUGGAGUGGGAGCAGCAUGAAGGAAGAGCCGCCGGGCAGCGGCAGGAACGCGGUGCGGACGUGGAUGCAGGGCGCCGGGGUGCUGGACGCCAACACGGCGGCGCAGAGCGGGGUGGGUCUGGCCCGGGCUCACUUUCCGAAGCAGCCGCCUUCCAAUAUGCGGAAAUCCAACUUCUUCCGCUUCGUCCUGGCCCUCUACGACAGACAGGGCCAGCCCGCGGAGAUCGAGGGGACAGCCUUGGCGGGGUUCGUGGAGAAGGAAAAAGCCGUAGCGUAUGAAGGCCAAGACGAGAACCCAGAGAUGCGCCGAGUCUUGCCCACACACGAAAUCACGUGCAGUCUUAGGUUUACAACUACAGGUUGACCAGUCUGCCAGGAUUUUGCCCAUUGGCUAUCCGAUGGAACUGAAGAAGCACUUCCUAUGUCUGAACCAUAGAACACUCAUACGCGGACUAAGAACAAAACAAGAUCCUCACCACCAAUGGAAGCCUCAAACCAAAGGAAACCAAACAGAAACCAAAAACCAAACAGCACAAGACUCAAAUCAGCUUCCAAGUCUCAACUUAGCCUGUGACCUCUGUCCAAGUGGUGCACCUUCCAAUUGAGAUUUCCAGGAAUGGAAAGUCACCCAAAUGGGAGCCAAAGUUCCCCCAAAUGUACAGGGCUAAAAGGACCUCAGAGUGCAUGCCAGGGGAGUUACCACAUGCUGGCUGAGGUAUCGCAACAUCCUAAAUGCUACUUUUCUGGUUCCCCAAAAUAAUCCCUUGGAGUAGGACAUUCGGGGCAAUCCAGGAAGGAGGAAGAGAGGAACAUCCUCAAGGCAAAGAUGGCCUUGGCAGUUGCUAGGGUGGUCCCUCUUCCGCCAUCUUCUCCACUGCUGGGAUGGCAGAUGGGGUAUGACUGGGGCUUGGCCUCUCCAGGCAAGGGUCCCAGGCAGUCUGGCCUCUAAAGGAAUUCUACAACCCUACACUCUCUCAAAAGAGGCUGGCAUGGAGAAAAUCAGAGUGUCCAAUCAAGUCAGGGGACCCACAGGGGCCUUCCCCAAGUCAGCCCCAUACUGGGUACUAAACUUGAUGCCGAAAACUCGACCUCUGUGCACCAGUGCCAAAUCGGAUCUCAGAGACAGAGGUUUGGAAGAAGUAGAAAAGAAUAGCUUUACUGCUUUGCCAGCCACAGGGGGACACAGAAAACUCGUGUCCUCAAAAACUGUGUGUCCCAAUGCAGGAGGAUCUGGUGAGGAGUUUUACAGCAAUGGUUUAAGGACACAGUUGCUCCUAAGGAUUAGUGUGUGUACAGGGCCUUAACUCCCUUUAAUCUGGCCUCAGAUGGUCUCUUGAUGAGCUUCUCUGGAAUGAAGAAUGCUAAAAUCUUCUAUUUUGUGGGGGUUUUAGUUUGGUAAAGAGCCCAAAGAUACUCUUAUGUACAUCCCUUUAAGGCCCUGAGGCUGUCCUUAACAAAGGCCCUCAACUUAUCUUUAACUGAGGCCCUGACACUAACUAAGGACUGAGGCUGUCUCUAACUAAGGCCCUGAGUCUGUCUUUAACUAAUGGCCUCACUCUUUCCCUAACUAAGGCCCUGACACAGUCCCUGACACGGCCCCUAUUAACAUGAGCUGUCCCUCAUUAAUGCCCUGAUGCGGCCCAUAACUGAUGUACUGAAGAUGGCACUAAGGUCCUGACCAUGUCACUAAUGACCCAAAAUGUCUCUUACUAAAGCCCUCAAGUUACCUCUGAGGCCCUAAAGAUGUCCAUAACUAAGUCCCUGACACUCUCUCUAAGACCCUCAAGUUAUCUUUAACUGAGGCCAUGACAAUAUCCCUAACAAAGGACUUGAUGCUGUCUCUAACUAAGGCCCUGAGUCUGUCUUUACCUAAUGGCCUCACUCUUCCCCUAACUACGCCCUGACACUGCCCCUAACCAAGGCCCUGACACUUUUCUUAACUAGGGACUUGCCACUGUCCCUACCUAAAACCCUGACACCGUCUGUAACUAAUGACCUGACUCCUUCCCUAACUAACACCCUAGUUUUGGCCCUAACGCCCUGACACUGAUUCUAAUUAUGGCCAUGAUGCUGGCUCUAAGGCCCUGAAUAUAUCCCUAAGUAACAGCCUGACUUUUGACUAAGGCUCUCCCUUAUAGUCUAAGCUGUCCCUUAUAGUCUAAGCUGUCACUAAAUAAUGCCCUGAUCCUGUCCAUAACUAAGGCCCUGAAUAUGUCCCUAAGUACAUCUCUGACGAUGUCCCUAACAGCCCGAACUGUCUCUUCAAGUUAUCUCUGAGGCUCUGACACUGGCUCUUACUAAGGCCUCACCCUGGGGCUGUCCCAGGCUGCUGAGCAGUUUUCUCUUGUCCGCAUCUCUAGACAGCUGCCUGCCACUGGCCACUCUAAGAUUCUGCGAUGCAGUGGUCCCACGUGGGAUGUGCCUGUGUAGGCUCACCUGCGGGAGGAGAGUCAUGGCCACUCCGCCCUCCAGGGGACUGCAGCUCAGGGUAGGAAUCUCUCAGCCAGUGUCUGGACACAGGGUUCUGUGUCCUUGUUUGUUGUAAAUCCCUUGGAGUUACCUCUCACAUUUUUGAAUGGAUAUCCCCCGCUCUGCAUAUUUAUAAUAUAAAUUAUUUACCACAUUAAAAUCCAGGAAUGACAUUCUUAGAAUGAGCAGGAGAACACUGCAUGCCCCCUCAAUGAUCUAUUACUUGGAGGAUUUAAAAUUCUAAUGAGAAAACACUCACUCUCCUCACACUCUUGGGUGUCAGCACAAGGCGGGAAUCAGCUGCAUCCUUUAUUUAUCCCUCUGAUUUUCCAGAACCUUUCCUUCAAGGAGAAAUCUCUGGGCUCUGCGGGAACUGUGAGUGGUGGCCGUCAGGUAAAUCUGAGACUGAAAAGCAAGAGGAAGAGAGACAGAGGAGGAGAUAAGAAUCGGUGACAAGGAGAAGCAGGGGCGUCCACGUUCAAUCGCAGGCUGAGAGUCUGAGUUAGUGUCCAGCGAAGCUAAGGACCACCAGGGUCUGGCCCCACUGGCCUUGUCACCUGGUGUGGGGACUGCGGACAGCCAAACUCCCAUGGCCACUCUCAGAGAAAUCAGGGAGGUGGGAGGGCACCCCUGAGAGCCAGAUUGAAAAUGGUCAUGCUGUGAAAUAAUAAGAUGCCCUUUCAGAAAAGUGAAGACUGUCCUCUUGGUUCUCAAAGACUUGCAAAUACUCUGUGUCCUUCUGGAGGCAUGCUGAAGCCUUCAGCCUUUGAGGGCAGUAAUGGGAGUACAUCUGGGCUCAAAACCAUCCAGCACUCACUCCCUGAGGGUGCUGAGGAUGACCCGUGUCCACCCCUCGGGUGCUGUGGGGCCUGAAAUCCCCUGAUCACCGACGACGGGAGGGGCCGCACAGACACUGCACUGGACCACCGGGGGCCUGGCUGGUGGGCUACAGUCCUUUAUCAGAUACAUGGUUUGCAAACAUCUUGGGCCAUUUUGGAUGGUGGAUUAUCUUAUUCCUUGCUCCUUUUAUACACAACUGUUUUUCAUUUUGAGGAAGUCCAAUUCAUCUAUUUUGUCUUUUGUUGCUUGUGCUUUUGGUAGCAAAUCUAAGAAAUCAUGACCAAAUCGAAGGUCAUGAAGAUUUACUCUCAUGUUUUCUUCUAUGAGUUUUAUAAUUUUGGUUCUUACAUCUAGGCCUUUGGUCCAUUUUGUGUUGAUUUUGUAUACAGGGUGGGGGGAGGUAAGGGUCCAACUUUAUUCUUCUGCAUGGGGGUAUCCAGUUGUUCCAGAACCUGUGCUCACUGUUUGGGAGAAAAUACCUGCAAAUGAUGUGACCAAAAAGGGCGUAAUUUCUAAAGUAUACAAAUAGCUGAUACAACUCAAAAAAAAAUAAAAAAGUGGGCAGAAGGUCUAAAUAGACAUUUUUCCAAAGAAGACAUACAGAUGGCCAAUAGGCACAUGAAAAGAUGCUCCAC